AUGUUAAGGCCUGAGACGGAUGAAGUUCUUUUCGCUUACCUUGCCGUGGCCACUUAUGCAAUAAGUCUAGUUUUGAUUCGUGUCGACUGUGGUGUGCAGAAACCGGUCUAUUACAUAAGCAAGUUAUUACAUGAAUCUGAAGUCCGAUACUUACCACUUGAAAAGGCUAUUUUGGCAGUCGUGCAUGGUACACGUAAGCUCCCCCACUACUUCCAAUCACACAUGGUUGUUGUUUUGACUCAAUUCCUGCUCAGAUCCCUACUUCAGAGUGCCAAUUACACAAGGAGAAUUGCGAAAUGGGGCACGAUCCUAGGGGCUUUUGAUAUCAAGUAUAUGCCUCGCACUUCGGUCAAAGGUCAGGUCCUCGCUGAUUUGGUAGCUGAGUUUGCCGAGACCCCAUCAGAAAAUAAAUUAGAAGAGCAAAACAUGGAUGAAAAGUCGGUUGGCAUAAUCUCUUUGCAAGAACCUUUGUCAUGGAAAGUUUACGUUGGUGGUGCAGCUAACUACAGAGGAUCUGGAGUGGGGCUAGUCUUGGUAUCCCUAGAAAGGAUCACAAUCGAGAAGUCCUUGAGAUUGGGAUUCUCGGCUACAAAUAAUGAAGCCGAGUACGAGGCUCUUUUAGUAGGGAUGACUAUGGUUCAAAAGAUGGGUGGAAAGGCAGUAGAGAUGUUCUCUGAUUCAAGACUGGUGGUAGGCCAAGUCCAAGGGGAGUUGAAGGCAAGGGACCCCAGAAUGCAGGAGUAUUUGAGCCAGGUUAGACACUUGCAAUCUGGAUUUGAGUCUUUUGUUUUAUCGCAAGUUCCUAGGAAUAAGAAUGCACAUGCAGAUUCUCUUGCCACAUUGGCAACCUCCUCGGCACAGGGCUUACCUCGGGUAAUCCUUGUGGAAGACCUACAUAGACCCUCCGGAGAGGUAAGAAAUAUGAUUCAAGUUCAUCAGGUUAGAAUGGGGCCUAGCUGGAUGAAACCUAUUGCACUAUUCCUUAAAGAAGAUGUAUUGCUCGAGAAUAAGUCUAAGGCCGACAUGGUGCGAAGAAAAGCACCUUGGUUUUGGCUGUUCGAGGACCAAAAACUGUAUAAAAGAUCCUUUUCUGGCUCGUAUUUGUUGUGGGUGCACCCUGAAGCAGUGGAGCUGCUCUUAGAAGAAUUGCACGAAGGAAUAUAUGGAAGCUACACGGGAGGUAAAUCCUUGUCUCACAGGGCCCUCGCGCAAGGCUACUGGUGGCCAAAUAUGCAAAGGGAAGCUCAAGACUAUGUGAAGAAGUGUGACCAAUGCCAAAGGGACGUGGAUGCCAAAAAAUUUGUUUGGAAGAAUAUCGUCACACGGUUUGGGAUUCCUCAAGCUCUCAUCUCAGAUAACGGGCUACAGUUUGAUAGCAAAGCCUUUAGGAGGUACUGUUGUGACCUUGGAAUUAAGAAUAGGACUACACCUCGUAGAUCCACUGGAGAGAAGCCUUUCUCAAUGACUUAUGGUGCCGAAGCUGUCAUCCCUUUGGAGACUGGUUUCCCUACACUCAGAACAAGUUCUUUCGACCCAGGCGGCAACGAUGGGAUGUUGGAAAAAAGCCUAGAUUUAAUUGAAGAAUGGAGAGAGAAUGCCAGAGUCCAAUUAGCUUAUUAUCAAUACAAGCUCAAACAAAAAUAUGAUGCUAACGUGAAGCUAAGGCCACUGAUGCCUGGAGAUUUGGUUCUAAGAAAAGUUAUAGGGACAACCAAGAACCCAACAUGGAGAAAGUUGGGACCUAACUGGGAAAGGCCCUAUUGCAUUACAUCAGUGGCCGGGAUUGAUGCUUAUUAUCUAGAAGAUCUAGAAGAAAGGGUCGUACCACGCCCUUGGAAUGCAUCUACUUAA